GGCGGUAUGGCGAGCCCAGAAAAAGCAAAGCCGCGGCCAAGGCGACGGCCGGCAAGAAAACGCCCACGACCUCACUACCUCCGCCCCGGCGGCUAUAUUUGGUUCAGGUACCUUAAAUUUUUUUUUCAACUUUGAGCAUUUCAAUCCUGACACGCCCAUAUCGGGCAAAUUGCAAGGUCUUCCACCUCCAUCGUGUUAGCAACAUGCUUUGAAGAAAGAAUCGGUCGCCCGUCUUCCUACGCAAACGAACAGCCUCGGUCUGAAAUCGUGUUGCCUUGAUUGAUAUUCCCAGUUUCUUGUCUUUCGUGACGAAACAUCCAUUGCGUUUGGUUUAGUGCUAUGCCUUCCUCUCGGUUGCCCUUGCCUGCCUCUCGUCAUGUCGUGGUGGUGGUCGUCUGACUCAAGCAUAUGACUUCUUCCUCGGUUACUUACUAGAGCAGCCGGCGUUCUUCAGAAAGUAGUGAAAAAACGAAGUCCUACCUCCGAAAUUCUAAUUCCAAUUCGCUUCUUUACUCGAAGUCGUGACGGUAUGAGAUUUCCAAAGACAGAAGUAAGUGGGUAGUUCUUCAGCACCACCCGAAGUAAGCAUAAGUAGAAUAGUACCCGAAGAAGUAGAUAAAGUAGUAAGUUCUUGUGCCGGUUGUAAGUGCUAGAAAGUUUCUUAGCAACGGACCCCCCCUGCUCUUACAUGAUCAAGAAAUCGACAUCGAGGAUCAUCCCUACGGUAGUUUCGUUGCGGCCCACGAUCUCUCCAGUGGCAACGACAAGCGCCUAACAUGUACAUGAUGAAAGACCCGCAUCUCUCAUCUACUUCGCCAUAGGAAAAACGACGUCCCUGCUCAACUGCAGCGACUGCGACGAAAUCUUCGUUCACGUCGCGGCUGUGGAGGCCUAUCUAUGGUUGAAUGGCUACAGCUGGCCGAUGUUUCCACCGUCCUGCCCUUGCUGUGUUCUUGCGAACCCGGUAUCGCGCUUUUGUUGGCUGGCGGGCGAUGUACUUGCUUGCGAGCAGUUUUUGUUCGGCAAAAACAACCCCGCCUGCCCUUGGGUGGAUUGUGUUUUACUACUCUGGCUUGCCAUUCAUGAAGACCGAUGUUCUAUUUCAGUGUUGGUGCUGCGCCACGCUCGGUAAGGACUUAAAACCGGAGCUCCGCGCUCUGGGUUUUUCGUUUUCCUAUGUAGAUUGUGAGGGCUCCGCCUCCAGCUGUUCCCACUGGUGUCGAACUUGUCCUCCAUGAUUAACAAGAAAAGGAGAAAAGACUACCUGACUGAGGUGUAUGCAAGAAACGUUUGAUCAGCUUCGUGUGUCGCUGGCCCGCGAGCAUACUCCCAUCGAUCUGAUUUAGAUUUUCGAAUGUGGGAACAUUUCUUGUACCUACUUCGCUUUAUCAGUCGUCCGUGAUCGUCCAUGUGCCAUCGUUCUCUACUUCUCGUUUCAUGUUGUCCACUAUCAUGUUGAUGCGCACCGACACCGACUCGUCUAUUCGUUCCAUGACAAAGAUAGUCGUCCCUCUCGUGCACUUUAGGCGGGCUGCAGCUCUUCUUUUCGUGGGCUGAAGAGUAUCCAUGUAGUAUUUUCGAAGCUGUAAAAGUACUGAUAAUCUAAAUGCAAAAGACUCGUGACUCAUAAAUUGCAUUUUCAAGAUACAGCCGUCCCAUAUCCACCGAAGGUGCCCCUCCAGCACCAGUUCUUCGACCUCUAGUUCGUAGUAUACAAAAACUGUUUGUUGCUCUUGAAGCAAUUAUAAGCGCCCGUCCUUACUUUACCGUCAGGAGCCUUAUUCUUCACGACCAGUGCGUCGCAGACCGCAGACGCGGUCUACUUCUGUUUUAAGUUGUAAAUCAAUGUACUACAGUUGUCGGAGGUACUAGAAGAAGUGUUGAUUUCAAGGUGGAUAUUAAGAGAACUAGUAUAUACUUGUUUACAAAGCGUAAGUGGUCUGAUCAUCUUCGUGGCCCACGCAAGAACUUUUGAAUUGCCAAAGUCGCGCCGGCACUAUAGGUUGUAGCGGUAGCGCCCAUCAUGAACACGGAGAUGCCAGUAUCGAACAAAAAUCUGUUAUCGUUAUCGGAUUGGAAAUUGCUGGCAAAGCCCAAAUUUUUUUGAAGUUUAGCUACUGACUUAGCUACCUCAGCUAGCUAUGAUUUUGAACUAGUUGUGUGCAUUUGGCCAAGCGCCGCACCGAAGCCUGGAUCAUGUCGAGCCCAUUCUGCCGGGCCGUUUCGAGCUGCGCGCCAACCCUCCCAGGUGGAUGCGAUUUGUUCAGCUUCCGGCAGUGCAAGUUGGAAGCUUGUUUUGGGCUCAUAAAGAUCAAU